AUGCUCGGCUUUUCGUACAUCUUGGGAGCACUUUCCCUGGCUUCUGUGGUCUCCUCGACGGCGAUUCUUUUGCCUCUAUACUCUUGGCCCGAGGACAAUAGCACCUGGAGUCCCGUCUACAAGGCGGCUGCCGCGCACCCCGACAUUUUAUUCCAGGUCAUCGUCAACCCUGACAGUGGCCCUGGCGAAACUACAUACCCCGAUGACUCCUACAUCGCCAGCGUAGCCCAGCUAAAUAGCUACUCCAACGUUGAAGUAAUCGGCUACAUCCCAACUGGAUACGGCACGCGCGACAUCUCCUCGAUUAAAACCGCCAUCGCAACCUACAGCAACUGGUCAUCUUACAAAGCCGAGAACAUCACCAUCUCCGGAAUAUUCUUCGACGAGGCCCCCAGAACGAAUGACGAUACUCUGAUUUCGUAUAUGCAGGAAGUCUCCGAAUCGGCCAAGUCCAGCAGCCUUCCCACCGUCGUUUUCAACCCUGGUACUAAGCUUGAAACCGGCUCUGCGGCUGAAUAUUUCAAGGCGGCAGAUCUGAUUGUCGAGUUUGAGAAUUCUUACUCGACGUGGACUUCCAUUGUUCCGGCAGAUGAAAUCUCGGAUACUUAUUACGACAAGGCUGCUAUUCUCUUGUAUAGUGCGCCACUUACUGCAGAUUAUGAGGCUGUUGUUCAUGAGGCUCAGGGGAUGGGCCUUGGUGCUGCAUAUUUGACCAAUGGCGAUGAUUACAAGACUGCCGAUAGCCUGAGUAAGGUCGCGGCUUCUUUUGUUCAGGCAGAUGGUGAUACCGUUGGGUCUUCGAGUGCUGGUUCAACGUUACCCUCAGCUGUCGUUUCAACGGUAGCCUCGACGGCUGUUUCAACGGUAACCGUGACGGCCGUUUCGACAGUGACAUUGACUGCCAUUUCAACGGUUACCGUGACGGCCGUUCCGUUCCAACAUGCGAAUGCCCAAGCUAAGUGA